UCCUCGUAAACCACUGUCAAUAGCCGCUUGAAAAACGGAUCCAUCUACAAGUUUGUUAAUCCAGGAAUUCGUAGCUAGACCAUCGACGAUUUUAUCUGUACUAGUUGCUUUGCCCAUGACGAGACGCUUGUUUGAAUCCUUCACCGUCCAGCAAAUGGCGCGCUGCACACAAGAUGUCGAAUCAAUGUUAUGAUCCGUGAGGGUCUUGUCGAUGGACGUCAUAAACCUCCAGAUUGAUGAUGUGGCCAUAAAAUCGUCACCUACGGCAAUAAAAUCAAGUUGGUUCAAAAACAACGAACAAUCACUUUAAAAUAUUAUUGUUUAGCAUGUCAUAAUAAAUUUGUGCGUCACGAUGCGAUGAUGAAGUGAAGUGAAAAUUGUGAGUUGUAUUUCGUCCGUACAAAAUUUACAGCCAUUAUAAAAAUCAUCGAGUUUUUGCUUUUGAUUCAAAAUCAUCUACACGCAUGUAGUCAUGGAGAAAUUGUACAUGCUUGAAAUAUUUGUUAACAAAAUAGUCUUUGAUCAAUUGCCCGUACCACUCAAACGGAACAUCGUAGUCCGUGCUACCUGCCCUAAUAUUGCAAGUUUGGAGAUUAUGACUGAUGUUAUGGGAGCUUUGGAGAAUUUAGAAGCUAAGGAGAGGAGCUCAAAGAAUAAGCGUGUUGAUAUUGAUUGUGGGCGUUCCGUUUUGUUUCCUAUGGACGCGAAGAAAAUGAAAGAAGUCCUCAAGAAAGAAAAUUUAGAAAUAACCGUGAGCAGCAGAGAGGAAGAUAGCACUACUCCAAUAGCAGUUGCCAAGUUACCAUGGGACCACGAGUUUAUAAACAUGGUGGAUAACUCCAUAACUACCACCGGAUACAUAACCCCCGUUGAUUUGGAAGAUGAUUUCCACAUGAUCCUAAAUAAUAAUCAUGCUGCUGUGAUAUCCAUGUUCAUCAGACUUUCGUACUUGGGAAGUUCGGUUUACACCAACACUCAAAGACUGGUCACAAAAGAUACAGCAGAUACUGGUGCACCCGGUGGUGCUCCAGCGACGUACCUCUUUAAAUCAGUAGACAAUGCCACUAUAUUCAAAUGUACUCGUUAUGGCAUGGGAUCUGAUAAAGAUAUUAUGCCUGUUGGAGCCAUUUACAAUAUUGCUAAUAAAAAUGAUGCCGGUGCUAACCCCCAAAGGACUUCUUUUCGAAGAAGACAAGCGACAAAGUCAACGGAAACUUUGUUAACUUUGCGAUCUAACAAAUUUAGUACGAUGUCAAUUGCACCAUCCGUAUUCUUUGGGAUGGGUGAAUUGGAUCGUUCUGCAAUGUUGCAGAAUGCUCUUGCUUCAACCGAUAGUACAAUGUCGUUAAAACCUGGACCUGUCAAAGGUCAAAAAUAUAUGGACCUGACUGAGUUGCAUAUGGAUGUGAGCACUUUCUCAAUGUUGGCUAACGCUUUAGGAAUGCACGUGUAUCAAUCUUCUGUUAGUAAAGAUGAUUUUGGUGAAGAUGGCGGAGAAGGUGAAUCUGGUGAAAUAUAUCCGCUUUUUGUGGAUUAUAAAUCUUUGACGGUUAAAGAGAUUGAAGAACGUCUUUGUAAACAUCCUGAUUGUCCAGCUGCGAAGUUAUUUAAAGAUUAUGGAAUAGGUCCUCUUGCUAAAAAUAUUACUGGUCUUGGUGGUUUGUAUAAUGAUGUGGAAGCACCUUGUUCCUAUGGUUUAAGUCAUUGUAAUGGAAACAUUGAUAAUUAUGGUCCACUGGGAAGAUUUAGGAGGCCUAAACAAGUUGAGGAACCAUUUGUGCCACAAAGUAACUGUAAAUGUGGAAGGAAGUCAUCAACAAUUUCAACUGAUUCCAAAGGUUCUAACACUUCUUCAAGGAGCAAACAAAAAGGGAAAAGUGAAUGUUAUACCCAUUGUCCAGAAAAUCCCAUGAAACUUAAACCACCUUUGAGGUUAAAAGGUGGGGCCCCGCUUGGACCUACUUGUGAUCCUGUUCCUAACCCCAUGACAAUGUGUCAAGACCUUAUGGAUGAAUUUAACAAAGUUUUAAAAGAUUACAAAGAUGCUUUGGGACCUUGUGGUCUGGCAACUUGUCCAUUUGCUUUGACAUUAGUUGGAGAUAAUUGUGCUGAAAUUUGUAACUCUACAGAUCCAGAGUAUCUAAAAGAGUUUGUAAUUUGGCCAAUCCAGAAAUCCUUUUGGAGGAAAAGAAUGAGUUUACCGGUUGUGGUGUACCAAAUUGUCCGUAUAAACGUGCUGCUAUUUCUCCGGCAGAAAAAGACUAUUCAAAGUAUAAAGGUAUGCCUGGUUGCGGAUAUGAAGUGUCCCUUUGUAAAGGCUAAACUAGGAAUGGAACCAGAAGAAGAUAAUCAUAUCCCAGCGUUUAAAGACUAUCAAAAACAAGAAACCUAUAAGUUCCGGGAUGCUCUACCACCUAUUCACUGGGAUUGCCCUGAUCCUCUGCCCAAAGGUGAUUGUAAAAACCCAGAUUGCCCUUAUGUGAAACGUGAUGCUUUGAUUAAAAAGUAUUUCCCUGAACCGUGUUGCCCCUGUGGAAGUCCUACAUGUCCUUAUGUGUGUGCACCCUGUACGUUUCCGGGAUGUCCCUUUGCUAUAGCAGAACCGUGCCCACCUGUAUGUCCAUACACACAACCACCUCCAAAAGAACUUAAAUGCACAGCUUCUGUGUGUCCAUUUGUAAGAAAUUCUGAUGCACGGUGUGAGAACCCCGAAUGUCCAUACAAAAUCUACGAAGAUAAGUUGGCCGAGUGCGCUGCUUGGGAACGACAGCAAGCUCUUCAAGCCGAAGAAGAGGAAGAGGAAGGUGAAGAAGAACCUUGUAAACCAUGUGGACGUCGAUCAAGCAAGAGUGCUAGGUGUUCAUCGUUAAGAACUAGCAUUGCAUCAACAUCCAAAAUACAAUCCAGUACUAGAAGAUCAGAUACCAUAGCAUCAAGUAAAAUUGAAAGGUCAUCGGAACCUUGUAUUCUUUCUGGAGCUGCAGAGAAAAGGGAUUCUAGAAGUGUUCCUUGUAAACCAGAUACUUGUGGUAAAGGUGACAAAGUGUGUGAUGUGUGUAAUCCAGAUAAAGCUGACAAAAAAGAAACCAUAACUAAAAAAUCUGUUGACUUAACAAGUAAAUCAAGCAAAUAUGUUAAGGUGGAAAAGUCUGCACAACCCCUGAUAACUAAACAAUCUUUGAAAGGAGUUGCAGAUGAAGAUAAAAAUGUAAACCCAAAUGGUAUUUUAAAAAGACCACACAAAGAGGGUUCUAUUUCUGCUAAAAAACCACUAAACACUGUAAAAAUACCAAAACCGACUAAAGCAAGUAAAAAUGCACAGAAAAGAGCACCCAAAGGUCGUCCCAUGUUGAAUAUUACAAAUAAUCCAUGUCCGUUAUCUAAAAUGUGCAAAAAGUUUCCAUUCCGGUAUGAUAGGAAAUCAUACAAACCAUGCACGAAAAUUGGUCAUCGAGAUUGUGUUCUUCCAAAGUUUUUGGUGCCAAAGUGCAUGGGCUGGUUGUGGAAUAUUCAUGAAGAUAUUUGUGGUCUUAGACCAAGAAGAGGAUGGAAACCGGGUGCAGUUAGCAAAAUGAUUGCUUUCCGCAUGGAUUACUUCAACGCAAUGAGAGAAAAACGUCCGUUUGGACAUUCGCAAUCUAAACAUGAUGAAAUAGGUCGGAAACCAUCGCUACCCACGGUUCAAGUUAAUAAAAAGGGUGGCGUUGUUAAUGUUACGAUGCAUCCUAUCAAAGAACCUGCAGAGAUUAAGAAAGUUGGAGAUGGAAAUCCGUAUAUGGAUUGCACACCAAUUCAGUUUAAAAUUACAAAGAAUAAUCCUGAAAAGCAAGCUAAAUACUGUUACUGUGGUGAUCAACUGUCGGAUACUGAUAGUAGUGAAUUGGAUAUUGAGUUUUCACCGCCAGGAGCUAUGAUUAACCCACGAUUGAUGCACAAGAAUGAGUUGAUUGAGGAAGAAGUUCAGUACGAUAUUAACGAUAUUCCUAUACCGCCUAAACCUCCUAAAGCCAAAGGUGGAUUAUGGGCAUACUUUCAAAAGAAACUAAUGGUAUUAAAACCAAUUAGUGUUGAAAUCAAUCUCUCGGCAUCUUCUUUAUUCUUCAAAGAAGAUGUAGUUUUAAGACUACGAGGUGGAUGUGAUUCUCCUUGCCAUGAUAUUCCGAUAAGUGUUAAAGAUGUCAUUAAAGGAGGCAAUGCAAAUAAUAUUGCUAGACCUGGAAGAGUUUUAAGGUUAAGAGGAGGUGGUCCCAUGAGAAAUAAAAAACAUGAUCCACUGAAGAUACAAAUGCCGAGUGUCCAAGGUCUUUGUAAAGAUCUAAUGAGCGACUAUAAUAAAGUAAUGGAUGAUUAUAAGAAGGCUUUGGGACCUUGUGGAACAGCAACUUGCCCAUUUAAUUACAAUGUACGUGAAGAAGAGUGUAAAAAAGUUUGUCAAGUCACGUGCCCACAACCAUAUUGUCCACCAAAAUUAGGACCAUGUACGCAACCAAUAUGUCCACACCUACCGGAAUAUAGCAACGCAGAAGAUUAUGAAGAUGAAGUAGAUUUGGACGAGUACAAAGCGUGUUAUGAAAGUUGUGUAGCUCCUAGACCCGACGGUCAACCUGCGGUACCAUGCAGAAGGUCAGUGUGUCCCUUUGGUAGUACUACUCCUGAACUGUGCCCCACUUGGGAAUGUCCACAAUUAGAAGAUUGUAAUAUUGACACUUGUAUAACACCCACGGAUCCAUGUGAUCUUCAAGUUGAAGACACAAAAAGAAGAAACCCAUCCGAUGUCAUAAACAUAUAUGCCCAUAUAAAAUGGAUGAAUUACUGCCCACAUUCUAAUAAAUAUCAAGCUGAACCUGAAGUGGUAAUGCCUGUGUUCCCUUGUAAAAGACCUUGCCCCUCCAUAGAUGAUUUACCGCCAAUUCAUUGGGAUUGCCCUGAUCCAUUACCAAAAGGUGAAUGUACUAAUCCCUUUUGUCCCUUGAGAGAAAAAUUACCAUGUGGACAUUGUCCAAUUGAUGCCAGGCAUUGUGGAAUGCCAGGAUGUCAAUUUGCGGGAGAUUCUAUUUGUCCUCCAACAUGUCCCUACACUCAAAAGAACCCACCAAAAGAUUUGGAAUGUCGUCCAUCAGUGUGCCCCCUUGCAAGACCAGCAGGUUAUAUAAACAUGCCGUUUGUUCCGCGAAAAGAUAAACCUUGUGGUGACCAAUGUCCUUAUGCAAAAGGUAAUAAAAAAAAGAAAGGCUGUGGUAAUCCAAAAUGUCCAUACCAAACUUGUAUGGAUAGAGAUGGUUUAAAUGCGCAAGAAGAUUGUGGGAAUCCAAUGUGUCCAUAUCGUAUCGCCGCUAAGAAAAGAGCAGAAAAAGAAAAGGAACGUGCUAAAAGUAAAAAACAAGACGAAUUAGAAGGAACUUUUCUUUCUCUCAGUAGCCCAUUAGCAGAACCACCACAAACAAAGACAACCCCAUCCGCAGCAACUGCUGUUUCUCUUCCAUCCGGCAAAGAAGAACGUCCUAGUAUAAAAGCUGAGACCUUAAGAAAAUCAGGCGCUAAAAUGUCUACUCAAGGUAUUCUCAAACUAAUUAAAUCCUCAAUGCAAAAUUUAACUGCAGUGUCUGAUUCUGCCGAUCCAACCGCAUGUCGGGAAUUAUCAUGUGCUCAAUUUAUGGGAACUCGUGUCUGUAAAAAAUGUCAGCAACGUCAGCGUGAAGCUGAAGCAACCGAACCGAGAAAGAAAAGAAAAGCACGUGGUUACGUUUAUGAUAAAGGUACAUAUUAUCCUGGAGUAAAAUUUGGACAUAAAGACUGUAAACGUCAUCCACAUAGAGUUCCCUGGGAUAUGGGAUGGAGGUGGAACCUUCAUCAACCUUACACACAGUUAAAACCACGUGCUGGAUGGCGUCCUGGUGCUAUUGGCAAGACGAUUCUUAAGUUUAUUAAUCACGAGAGGAAAAAGUUGGGACUUCCACCAAGACCUAUGAUCAGAAAUGCUUUACCAAAGAUGCACUAUUCAAAAUCUGCUUCAGAUUUAGACCUGCUGUCGAAAGUACGACGUAGCCGCACACGUCUGAGUGUUACACGUUUGAGUAAACCUAAACCUACAUUGACUAUCAAAAAGAAAGAUGGCGUUGUCUAUGUGACCAUGAAUCCAUUGAAGGAUCCCAGUACAAUGGAACCUAAUGAAUAUCCAUAUUUAGAUUGCAGUCCAUUGGAGUUUAAGAUCUCCAAGAAGAAACAAGACGAUGAAUUUAAGUGUUUGUGUUCUGGAGAUGACCCUGAUGGUACAUUCGUGUCUCAGGAUGAGUCCAGUGAAUUGGACAUUGAAUUCACUCCACCUGCAGGAAUUGUCAGGCCUGAAUACAUGUCAAAGCGCAAACACAUUUGCCACACUGAAAGUCAAUAUGACAAGAAAGAUCUUCCCAAAUCUGAAAGUAAUUUAAAAGAAAAAGGAGGCAAAAAGGGUAAGAAGAGUCAAAAGAGUAAAAAAGGUAAAAAGGGCAAGAAGAAAAAGUAAUUUCUUUGAUAUUAUACGUGUAUAUGAUUUCAUACGAUCAAUCAUUUCAUUUAUAAGAUUAAAACAAAACAUUGUCAUGUCA